AACACACACAUACACACACUCACACACACAUACAUACACACAACCCGUUUUAGCUGUUAACCUAGCCUCGCCAAGCUAAUCUGUCCCUCCACGCGCUGACCGCGUAUCCAGGUCAGUUAAACGGCUGAAGGAGCGGUUUGUCGCCUGUCACCGCGCUUUCAUGUCUCGUUUGCUCCUGGCUCUGUCACCCUCUGUCAGCCGCACUGUCCCCCGCCACACAGCCAGGUAAACCCCGGCCAGCCCCAUGAAGACACCGCCGCUGUCCCCUCACACAUGGAGGCCAGUUGAAUAACACACAGGAGCCGCGUGGAGCCCGAGACAGGGCCCACCGAGAGCAAGGUUGCUGUAGGAUGAUUGUCUAGCGACGUAGAAAGAUGCAGAGCGGCCGUCCCUCCCUCGCACUGCCACCACACAUGCACCAUGGAUCUCUCAGCGCCUGCACCGGUGGUAGCCCUCCUCCACUGACCUCACCUCCUCCUCCUCCCCAUCCCUUCUUCCACCUUUCCCUCUCUCAUCUACCCCUCUUUCUCCACACCCCAUCCCUUACCACCCCGCGUCUGUGAUCCAGGGUACAUCAUGGCAGGGGAGAAAGGUCCGACCAAGCGAAGCGCCAUGGACAUCAAGCGCCUGGCGAGCCUCAUUCAGAGAGGAACGGGCCGUUUGCUGGUGAUCGACAGCAGGACGUUCUCUGAAUACAAUGCCUCGCACGUGCAAGGCGCAGUCAACGUCUGCUGCUCCAAGCUGGUGAAGAGGCGACUGCAGCAGGACAAGGUGUCCGUCACAGAGCUGCUGCAACCCAACGGCAAGGUGAAGGUGGAGCUGGGCAGGAAGCAGGAAGUGGUGGUUUAUGACCAGAGUUCCAAAGAGGCGGGGCAUCUGUCCAAAGAUGGCUUUGUGCACAUUCUCAUGGGAAAGUUGGAGAGCACCUUCCACAAAGUCUCCCUGCUCACCGGAGGCUUCGCUGCUUUCUCUUCCUGUUUCCCCGGCCUGUGCGAGGGGAAACCUGCCACUGCUCUGCCUAUGAGCUUGUCCCAGCCCUGCUUGCCUGUGGCUAAUGUAGGGCCCACCCGCAUCCUGCCACACCUCUACCUGGGCUCACAGAAGGACGUCCUCAACAAGGAUCUGAUGGCUCAGAACGGUAUCACCUAUGUGCUGAAUGCCAGCAACACCUGCCCCAAGCCAGACUUCAUCAGUGAGAGCCACUUCAUGCGUAUCCCAGUCAACGACAACUACUGCGAGAAAUUGCUUCCCUGGCUGGACAAAACUAAUGAAUUCAUAGACAAAGCUAAGGUGUCAAACUGCAGAGUCAUUGUGCACUGCCUGGCUGGAAUCUCGCGUUCAGCAACCAUCGCCAUCGCAUACAUCAUGAAGACAAUGGGCUUGUCAUCAGAUGAUGCCUACAGGUUUGUAAAGGACCGAAGACCGUCCAUAUCCCCCAACUUCAACUUCCUGGGUCAGCUUCUGGAGUUUGAGAAAGGCCUGCGGUUACUGCAAGCUUUAACCUCAACCUCUGAUGACAAGAUCUCCGAAAACAACACUAAGCAAACCUCAGAGAUUAACGGAGGUUUUGAGAUGAACGGUCACCACAGUAACUACGACUUGUCUGUGGCAGACCAACACAUCCCACCAGAACCUAAGCUGCCAUCACCCACCUCCCUCCAGCAGGGCUUCAACGGCCUGCACCUCUCAGCAGAGAGGAUCAUGGACACUAACCGGCUUAAACGCUCCUUCUCCCUGGACAUUAAGUCUGUCUACUCCCCGAACAGUCCCCCCUGCCCCAGCUUGGCACCCACACACUCUGAAGACGUCCCCAAGCUGUGCAAACUUGACAGCCCAGGAACAGGCACCUCCAAUGGUGUUUGCUCGCAGUCUCCCGUCCUAGACAGCCCCAGCUCCUCCGAUUCACCGUUCCCCUCACCGGGCAGCGGGGGUAGCAUCGGAGGUUUGGGGCUCAGAGGAAGUGAAGGAGUCCAUCGGUCUGGUUCUUCUUCAUCCAGACCCAGGAGGAAACCCAAGCAUUGCUCCGGCAGUUCCCCAAUCCACUCCCAACCGCACCAACCUCCACAGUCCCUCAGCUUGUCGUUGGACCACAAGAGCCCCAGCCCGGACGAGAACCUAAAGGGCUCCCUGCUCCUGUCACUACCCUCCCUGCCCAACGUUGGGUCUGGGGCCAUGUGGACCAAACACAGAGACACUGUCCAGGCUACCACUCCCGUCACUCCCGUUACCCCCACCACAGACGCCCCCUGGCACUUUGGGGCAGUGGAGGCCGGUGAGGGAGAGAUGGAGCUGGGAGGCGGAGGGGACGGAGGCGGAGAGGAGUCGUCGGUGAGGUUUGGGAGCAGCUCGGCGUACGUGGCGUUUGGGUGCAGCGAAGGUGUGCGGUUACGAGACAAAUCCCAGAGGGAAAAGUCAUCAGCACCGCAGACACAGUCGUCCACAGUGACCAAGUCCAACAGUGCAAACAACAGCGGGCCUGCGUCGGAGAAGCAGUUCAAACGGCGCAGCUGUCAGAUGGAGUUCGAGGAGGGCAUCUCUGAGACGCGAUCCCGAGAAGAACUGGGGAAGAUCGGGAAGCAGUCGAGCUUCUCUGGGAGCAUGGAGAUCAUCGAGGUAUCCUGACAGAUAAUGGACAUGACCAGGGUUGUCCCUUGGGGACACAAAUGGAACUGGUUAGAGGGAGUGCAAGAGGAGGACAUAUGACCGGGAGCAGAGGAGGCUUCUUUUGUGCUCCUCGCGGACAGUGUUUAGGACUCCAACUGAGAGAAGGACAAAUAAACGCAGAGAGUUAAUGUGAAAAGGUUAGCAGGCGAACUAGCAUUCGCACGUGGACAGACAGAGCCUGUGAUGUGGUGCUUAGCCAUCCUGAACUCUCAUACAAAUCUGAAUAAAAGUGUGGGGGAGGGCGGGGUAAAGGGGGGGUGACUGUAGGUACUGAAACUCUUAAUUUUUCUGAGCUCUGUCACAGAUAAAAAGAAAUGACCCAGGACAAGUGUCAUGUUGCAUCCUUACUAUAUAGAAUAUCCUUAUUUUGACAGAGUUCGGACACAAACUGCUUGCCUGCGGUCAAAUGUAGUGUGCUUCAGUGGGUGUAUAGCUUGUGAUUUGAACCGAGCCCCGUGUUUCCUCCCAAAGCUUCACCCCAGUGUCAGAAAGCCUCAGAACCUCGCACGGCUACGUCCGCCUCCCCCCUCCCUCCUCUUCCCAGUGGCUCUGCCUGCUACAGACUCUGCAUAGCAACAUCAGACAACAAUAACAGACUCCUUAACAGCACCGUCUCCUCACAUCACCACAGCACAAGGCAGAGAGAUCCCAAGGACUUAAUCUAACGGCGGUACUGUAUCCAAACAAUGAAGGAUCCUCAGCAUUUUGUUGCUGAAAAGACUUUUGAAGACUCGUAGCGACGGGCAGUGUUCCCCCUCCUUAAAGCACAGUGUGUCUUUCCUGACUUUGGCUCCCUUGUUUCCAGUGUUAACAGCGUGAUGGGACUGAGGUUUCGGGAUGGUGGCGAGGGUUCGCUUUAACGGCCCUUCAGCUCCUUUAUAAACCCCCCCGGCCCCCUCCCACUGCUCCCAGUCACCAUCUAUGGUCACCACUGAGCAUGCACCAGAAAGGCUGACUACAGACAGACAAAUACUAUAUAUACAAUAUGAAUAUAUAUAGCAAUUUUAAUGGACUUCUAAUGGACUUUUUUUUUGUUCAGUUAUAGUUUUAAUUUAUUGUAUUGGUUCAUUCUGGUAAUGAGAAAUAAUAUAAUGUUUUGUGGAUUUAUUUCUUUUUUUUCUUUUGUUGAAUUAUUAUUAUUAUUAUUAUUUGCUGUAUGGUAUUUAUGAACACACACUCAAACAAAUACACACAUUCAACAAA